GUGAAACAUGUCAGCGCCUAUGUAAAACAACGCAGUGUUUGAAAAACGUGUUCUGUUGAAAAUCUAAAGCCAAACCAUGGCGAAAAUCAGUGCAUCGGAACAAAAAAUGUUGACGCUUCAACAUCAGAUAAAAGAAAACAAUUUGGAUAUUGAAUCCUUCGUCAAAGACAUGAAUAAAUGGGAGGACAACAUUAAAGAAAAAGAAAGAAAAUUGAUAAGUGAAAAAUCAGUGAAUGGAAAGGAUCUGCCACCAGUCAGAAACAGUUUGAAAAUAAAGAAGAAAAAGAAAGUCAAACCACAGAAAGACGAUGACAGUCAGGGAAGAAAGCCUCGGAAGAGAAUCAGCGGUUACGACUACCGCUCCUGGGAUAAACUAGACAUUGAUAAGAUGUGUGAUGAUGUAGAUAAGACAGAGAAGUCCGACUCGUCUGAGUAUGAGACAGAUGAAGAAUGGGAGGCAGAGAGAAAAAAACAGCAAGCUGCCAUGGAGAAAGAUGCAGGAAAUGACUACUUCAAGAGAGGGGACUACACAAAUGCCAUUGAAUCGUAUACAAAAGGGAUGGAAUUGGACCCUACUAAUCCUAUAUUACCAGCCAACAGAGCUAUGGCCCUGCUUAAAGAACAGAAGUAUGCAGCUGCUGAGGUUGACUGUAUAACAGCCUUGACCUUGGACCCUUUAUAUGUGAAAGCUUAUCUGAGGCUGGGCUCGGCUCAAUUCUGCAUGAAGAAAUUCAACAAAGCAAAAGACACGUUCGAAAAAGUCCUUCAGCUCGAACCGCAGAACAAACAGGCAAAGUUUGAGAUUGAAAAAAUUGAAAAGGAGAUGAAGAAAGAACAGAUGGUCACUCAUGACAGUUUAGGGCCCGAUGUAGGCCUUGUUAAACCAGUUACAAAACCGGUCAAUAAAAGGUCAAAGAAACCAUUGAGGAGGUUAGAGAUUGAAGAAGUGGGUAUUGAGGAGACAGAUAUUAGACAAGCAGCCAGAUCAAGGGUUGAGGAAAGCCACAGUUCGCAGAGGAAAGAAACGGAAUCCAAAGACAAUCAAAUGUUUACUAAAUUCACAAGUCCUGGCAUGAUAAAUGCUGGAUCCACCCAACACACUGUGCAAGAAUCUACACCUGUGAUAAAUAGUGAUAAUUCAUCUAAAUCUCAGACUGACCAAAAGUUGGAUUUAUCAAGUGUUCAGAAUGAGGCUAAAACAUCCAUAAGUCCCAGAUCAGAAGGCAAAUCUGUGUCACCCAGAAGCUUUUCUGUUCCAGCCUCCUCAUUCCAAUUUCAAGCUGAUUACAAAGUGCUGAAGAAUGACACCACUGCAUUUUAUAACUAUUUGAAAAAGAUAGACCCUUCCCUAUACCCUAAGUUAUUUGGAGAGUGUUUAGAUGCAGAAAUUUUGAUGAAGAUGUUAUCAGUAUUUCAAAACUGCUUCAUACCUGCUGGAGAAGAUUAUUUCCCUCACAUGAGUAAACUGACAGAAGUGAAAAGGUUUGGCAUGACGGUUAUGUUUUUCUCAAGGAAAGAAAAACAAGUGUUGCAGCAUUUGUUGGACAAUCUAAAAGAGAAAGGAAAAGUUUCAGAAAAAGACAUGAAGCACCUUAAAACAAAGUACGAGAUGAGCUGACAAAUCACAGAACAGAAUUCAUCUAUUUUGUGCUUUUUUUCACCUGGAAAUAAAGUAUAUUGAUCGUAAAUUUCUUACUGUUAUUCAGACAUAUGGUGACAAAAUGAAGUUUUAUUUUGAAACACGUACUGUUUAAA